UUUUGUGUCAAUCUGUACUGGUUUGUACCAGUAUGUACCUACCUCUCUGACUCCUUUUUGUUUCAUUUCUAUCAUCUCUGUGUUAUACUCCACUUUUGUCUAGGUAUAUAUGAUAAAUUCGCUAGUGCUUUUGCAAAGGCUGUUCAAGCUCUGGAAGUUGGCAAUGGCCUUAUUGAAACUACUGUUCAGGGUCCAUUGAUCAAUGAAGCCGCUUUAGAAAAGGUUGAAUCAUUAGUCAAAGAUGCUACUGGAAAGGGAGCAGAUGUACUAGUUGGGGGAAGGAGACACAGCCUAGGCAGGACAUUCUAUGAGCCUACUGUACUUGGAAAUGUCAAUAAUGAGAUGCUAAUAUCUAGUCAAGAAGUAUUUGGCCCAGUUGCACCACUUUUACGCUUUAAAACUGAAGAAGAGGCUAUACAAAUAGCUAAUGAUACAAAUGCAGGUUUAGCUGCUUACAUAUUCACUAGAAGCAUGCCUCGUUCUUGGCGUGUGUCAGAAGCUCUUGAGUAUGGACUUGUUGGAGUUAAUGAAGGAUUAAUAUCCACUGAGGUUGCACCAUUCGGAGGAUUUAAGCAGUCAGGUCUUGGAAGGGAAGGUUCCAAGUAUGGGAUUGAUGAAUACUUGGAAAUUAAGUAUGUAUGCUUAGGAAACUUGAAGGAGGUAUAGAUUGAUGCAAGAGCACAGCAGAAACUCUACUGAAGCUAAUAAUGACCCAGUCGCCUCUGUAGGAUGAGAACGCAAACUUCUGCUCAGGCGUUUCCACUUUUCGUAGUUAAUGAAUCAGGACAAAAGAUCACUCUGUUUCAGUGUUAACAAUUAGCUUCUUGUUUAAUAAAAGAUGUUUUUUAAAUUAUUGAAUGGGCCUCGAAUUGUUGAUGUGGUAGCAGAGAAGUCCAUCUAUCUUGUCCUCUAUACCUUUGUCGGGCCAUGGUUUUGUUGAGGGGCUUAUGCUCAUCCAAAACACAGUUUGAUUUGGUCAAAAAUAUGAUCUGCAGAUGUGUGGAACUGGUAAGAAGCAUUUAGCUUUAUGGUUUCUUCUAAAUA